GUUCCCGUCAGUGGGGCGGUGAGGGAGGAGGAAGAUGGCGGCGCUGCCCCUCAGCCUUCCCCUCGGCCUCGGCCUGCUCCUGCUGCUGGCCGCCGGCCGUCAGGUCCGGGCCGUGCCCGCCGCAGCCGCCUCUUCGUCCGAGGCUUUCGACUCCGUGCUGGGCAACACGGCGUCCUGUCACCGCGCCUGCCAGCUCACCUACUCCCUGCACACCUACCCCAAGGAAGAGGAACUGUACGCGUGCCAGCGAGGCUGCAGACUGUUUUCCAUUUGCCAGUUUGUGGAUGAUGGCAUCGAUCUGAACCGAACCAAACAGGAAUGUGAUUCGGCUUGUACUGAGGCAUACUCCCAAUCUGAUGAACAAUAUGCUUGCCAUCUUGGAUGCCAGAACCAAUUGCCAUUUGCUGAGUUAAGGCAAGAGCAAUUAAUGUCCCUGAUGCCAAGAAUUCAUCUCCUCUUUCCUCUGACGCUGGUGAGAUCAUUCUGGAGUGACAUGAUGGACUCAGCUCAGAGCUUCAUAACAUCCUCGUGGACUUUCUACCUUCAAGCAGAUGAUGGCAAAAUUGUCAUAUUCCAGUCAAAGCCCGAAGUACAGUAUGUUCCACAGCUCGAACAGGAAACUGGAGAUACGAGAGGAUCCUUGUCGCUGAGUAAAACAGCUGCAGACCUACGCCCAGGAGGUUCGCAGAUGUACCGAGGGCUUUUUGAAGAGCACGGAAGUGACAGCCUUUUCAAGUGUCUUUCCAUAAAUUCCAGUUGGAUUUUAACCACUACGCUUGUCCUGUCAGUGUUGGUGCUGCUCUGGAUUUGUUGUGCAACAGUAGCUACAGCUGUGGAGCAGUACGUUCCAUCUGAGAAGCUGAGCAUCUAUGGAGAUCUGGAAUACAUGAAUGAACAAAAACUGAGCAGAUAUCCAUCCUCUGCGCUUGUUGUGGUUAGAUGCAAGACCGAGGAACACGAAGAAGCAGGACCUCUUCCUACAAAAGUUAAUCUGGCUCAAUCAGCAAUUUAAAUAAGCCUCCAUUGGAAUGAACAGACUAAUUCUAACAGUGCUAGAAACUCCUGAUUGUUUGUGGUGGUUCUUCAGAUAAGAAGCUUAGCAGCCAGUCUUUAAAUGCAAAUAAAGUUACAGAAUCGACAAAUGUCAUGGGAUUUUGUUUUCAGGUAGUAGUGAAGAUUCAGACACCUUGAAUUUGUUUCCAGACAUGAUCACUUUCCACUGGUGUUUGCUAUGUGUCUGUUGCUUACAAAAGCUGUAAGCAUGCUUUCCAUACUUCUGCCACGACACUUUGAAACUUAUUUGUGUGUUCUAGGAUGUAAUGUGUACAUUCAGAGUUAGCUUUGUAAAGGUAUAAGAAAUUUUAAGUGGGCAGGAGAUGCCUUUUUAGUGUUGCACUUUCUGUUGUAGUUAAGAGAAAAUAUUAUAAAAUUAUCUGAUUUUUUUUGUACUUGUUAAUGUCCAUGCACAAAAACCCUUUCUGCAAAAAUAAAUAUAUUUUUUCUACAGUGUGGCAAUAUCCACGAUGGAAAGCAUUUGUGAGGUUCUGUAGGCUAGAACUCUGUGAAAGAUGGAAACGGCCAAAACUUGUGGACAUAUCCUUCCACACACACAACACGUGGUCAAUUAUUUUGUCAAACUUCAUCCGUUAUGUCUUAAAUUGCUUGUAAAGUUAGAGCCUGUGUUCUCUGAAGAAAAUCUGCUUUCCACUCUUGAUUAACUACUCUAGUCUUGUAACUUCAUUUACAGAAACAAGUUGAUUCCUGAGAAAUGAGAACAGACAAAUAAAAAUGACUGUAUAGAAAACGUUGACUACAUAGCUUUUUGCUACGGUUGAUUAUUGACUAGGGUAUGCUCAGCACGAAAGCCUGUCUGUAGCAUUCCUCUCAUGGGCAGUGUGACCUGAUUUUGCUAUGUGAUUCACUAACACGUUUCUAAUACACUUUUUGCUGCUCUUUUCUUUGAGAUGACUGUCGCUAGCUCCCUUAGUAUUCACAGUUCGUGGAUGUGUGAUUUGUUUAAAGGUCUGUUUGUAAGUAUUUGAGAACUGGCUAGAACGCACGGUCUCCAACUCAUCGUAUUUUGUUGGUUAUGCAGAACUGCUGUGCAGGUUUAAAUGCAGAAACAGAAUUUCUCCAGGUUCUGAAUUCUGGUGGAAAUAGUUGAUAUUCUGGAAAAUACAAUAUAUUCCCUUUCCGUGGCAACCGGUUCAAUAGCCAUGCCUGAUCUAGCUGUGAUGCUGAUGGUUGUGUAACUGCAGAUGAUGCAGCCUUGCAGGGGCCAUUAAGCAGGAAUGUGCAUUGUUGCCUAUACAGUGCUGCUGAAAACCACAGCCUAGAUGCAUCUAAGCAGAUUUUCCCUCAAUGAGGCUUAAGAGCACUGAGAGGUUUGUUUUAAGCAGGCUUGUAUUAAGGUAUAGAAAUUGUAAGUUGAAGUCUUAAAUUACUGGUACCUCUUGAUGUUAAAUUUUUCGUCGGUGAGCAGUGUUGUGGCCCAAAAGUCUGGGUGUCAGCAGCCAUCGGCGUGUACCUGUGUGUGGGUGGCAUUAAUGCAAAGGCCUCAGACUGUCUUAAAAAUCAGUUGUGUGUCGUUUUCAGAACACUGCUACCUGCGUAACAGCAAUGGGAAAUCACUUUCUGCCAUAGUACUUCAGUUGAGAUGUGCGUUUCUGCUCACGUAGUGCAAACCUCAGUACGCAGCCCUGCUCCAGCACAGAAUGGCAUUGUUCUGCGUCCGGCGCUAUCAGAUGUGAUGUAUGCGAACGGGUGUUUGGAAAUCUGUAAAUAUGGGUUCAGUCAUUGCCCAUAUUCUUAGCACUACAUUAUUCUGGAUUGCCUUUCCAGAAGAGACUUUAGCAAUCCCAUUUUUUGUAACUUAAUAAUUAACACGUAGAUGUUUGAGUCUGUAACAGUAUUUUACUUUCCUGUUACAUGUAGUUGCAGAGCGAGUGUUACAGCUUCAGGAACAGCUAUUGGCCUGUUUUAAAUGUGUACAGUACGGCCUCUGUUAUGUUGACUUGAUUUCAUGAAUGUGAAACUUUCCUUUCUGUUCCAAAAUGUCUGACUUUAUUGCUUACAUUCCUAGGUUUGAGUUAAACAAACAACUUCUGCUUUUAUUUGGCAUUGUAUCUGCCUAUGCAUCUACAACAAAGGGAGGAAACUCUACAAAUUGAUCAAAUAAAGUUUUACGUGUUUUGUC